CACUAUAAAUACUUGUUAAACCCGAUCGCGAAGAAGAUCAUAAAAUAAAGGCACAUGCAAUCUCUUCGUUUUCUAGUGAGUUGAGUUGAGUUGGAAAAAGGGUAUGAAGAAAAUGGAUUCAAUCUUAAGGUUUCUAGGGCUUAUAUUACUUCUUAUGGCUUCUCUUCUUUGCAUGGCCCAAGCAAAAGUCCUUCACUAUGACUUCGUUCUGAAGGAGGCAAAGUUCAAAAAGCUGUGCAGCACGAAGAGCAUAUUAACUGUGAAUGGCACUUUUCCAGGGCCAACCAUUCGAGUUAACAAAGGGGAUACUGCUUUUGUUAAUGUAUAUAAUCAAGGGAAAUAUGGCGUCACUAUCCACUGGCAUGGGGUGAAGCAACCAAGAAAUCCAUGGUCAGAUGGACCUGAGAACAUCACACAGUGCCCCAUCAAACCUGGAAAAAACUUCACUCAAGAGAUCAUCUUUUCUGACGAAGAAGGAACUCUAUGGUGGCAUGCCCAUAGUGAUUGGACACGUGCGACAGUACAUGGUGCCAUUAUUAUUUCACCAGCUCCCAACACCAAUUAUCCAUUUACCAAGCCCUAUGCAGAACAGACAAUUAUUCUUGGAGAAUGGUAUAAGGGAGAUGUGAUGGCCAUAAUUAAUGAAGCCCUAGCAACUGGUGGCGAUCCAAACGUUUCAGAUGCUUUCACAAUUAACGGCGAACCGGGAGAUCUUUAUGCAUGUUCUAAUGCAACUACUUACCGUCUAACGGUUAACCAAGGCAAGACUUAUCUUCUCCGGAUAAUCAAUUCCAUAAUGAACGAAGAACAGUUCUUUGGAAUUGCAAAGCAUAAACUCACAGUGGUCGCAACCGAUGCUGCAUACACCAGCCAAUUUACCACUGAUUACCUCAUGAUAAGCCCAGGGCAAACAAUGGACGUUUUGCUCACAGCAAACCAGUCUGCCGGCCGCUAUUACAUUGUUUCGACACCUUUUGCCGACACCUCCGCUCCCUUUGACAACACCACCACGACGGCCAUUCUCCAAUACAACAGCAGUAAACUCCCGUCAUCUAUUCCCUUCCCAACGCUUCCCACUUACAAUAACAAAACCGCGGCAGAAAACUUUACAAAGCGCUUAAGGAGCUUAGCAAGCAAUGCCCACCCCGUCAAUGUGCCGCAAAGUAUCACUAAAAGAAUCUUUAUGACAGUUUCUGUAAAUCAGAUUUAUUGCCCUAAUGCAUCAUGUUCGGGGCCGGCUGGUAAUAGGCUUGCAGCAAGCUUGAAUAAUAUAAGUUUUCAAUCCCCAAAAAUUGAUAUACUCGAAGCGUAUUACAGAGGCUUGCCCAACGUUUUCACAAAGGAUUUCCCGAAGCAGCCGCCCUAUUAUUUCAACUUCACGGGAACUGUGGGGAACAAUACAAUAUAUCCGAGCUUAGGGACGAAGGCCUUGAUAGUAAAUUACAAUGAUUCUGUUGAGAUAGUGUUUCAAGGGACUAAUGUUGGGGCAGCAGAGAAUCAUCCUAUGCAUCUGCAUGGUUAUAGCUUCUACGUGGUUGGGACGGGCUCAGGGAAUUUCAACAACAAGACUGAUCCCAAGUCUUAUAAUUUGAAGGAUCCACCACUAGUUAACACUGUUGGAGUUCCUAAGAAUGGAUGGGUUACAAUCAGAUUCAUUGCUAAUAAUCCUGGAGUCUGGUUUAUGCACUGUCAUUUGGAAAGGCACGCUAGCUGGGGUAUGAAUACUGUGCUUAUAGUGCAGAAUGGGAGCACCAACGCAACAAGCAUCCGCCCACCCCCUAAACAUAUGCCUCCUUGUUCCUAAGUCCUGGUUUUAUUGAGGAAUGCUUCUACUUAAAUUGCAGGAGUGUACUUGAGCCAAAAUAUAAUAAUAAUAAUAAUAAUAAUAAUAAUAAUAAUAAUAAUAAUAAUAAUGCUUGCCUACACUCGUUUA